GCUUCGUUUGUCCUCCAGCGGAAGCUUUCUCGAUCUAGACUUGGAAAGCGACGGCUUUAUGGACCGCAAAACCAAGGAAACUCGUGGAGCUCCCAAGUGCAGGCGAUACGACUAUAGGUUCAAAGCCAAUGCUGUCAACCAGCUGCCCAUCCUCGACGACAACGCCGCGGGCCUCUGGAAGGAGGAGAAGCGCACGCCUCUUCAGUACUUAGAGGAUCGUCUCAAGGUUCACUACAGCAACAUCGUGAAGUGGAACAAGAACAUGUCGCUGGAGAAAAACGAGACGGCGAAAUAAGAACAUGGCCAAUAAGAACACGUGCUCGGGUUGGGGCAGCCAAUAAGAACUGAGCCUCGCUCAACAUCGGAGGUUCUUAAGUGCGGGCCUC